AAAAGGUUCGCGGCAGGCCACUGGCAUUCAGUUUAGUGCAGUAUGGCCUUGGGGGUGAAUCUGCUUCGGGUAUUAACGCUUCUCACGCUACAUUCAUUACUGCCGGAUGGACUUGCUGAAGAGAGCGGUGUUAAUCAGAAACCGGAAGAAAAAAAGGUUUAUGACCAACAUUAUUUGGAACAGAAGGCCAAGAGUGACACAAAUAGCGUAGCUUUUCGGAGAUUCAUUCAGUUGUACUCAAGGAAUAGCGGCCGCCAUGUUAGAAUCAAUCCAGAUAGAAGCGUAGACGCCAUCGGUGAAGACGGCGACAAAUACGCCAAGUUGGUCAUCGAAUCAGUCAAUUUUGGACGAGUUCGUAUUAAAGGCUCAGUUUCCAAUUUCUAUCUCUGCGUGGACAAGAAAGGGCGACUUAGGGCAAGGAAAAGAGGCAAAUGGAAGGACAACUGCGAAUUUACAGACCGUGUGGCUGAUAACGCUUACACCGAAUUCACCUCUGUAAGGUAUAACAAGAGUCUCAUCGCCUUCAGCAGAAGAGGACGACCGAGACCGGUGCUGAGCACAGAAAAAGGAGGAGUCAAGGCCGUGCAGUUCAUAGAACGAGCAUCAAACAUCAAGCUCCUCAGAGGAAGAAAAUACUGGAGAAAAGGCGGCAAACUUGAAGGAAUAGAUUUAUAUCGUAAAAAGCAGGUAGAGAAGAUCUAUGUGUCGAUGAAGAAGUGGCGAGAAUUCAAGCGAUGGCUGAAGUUUAAUACCCGAACAGCCUCAGCUAAAGUAAACUCUACAACAACGGCCGCGACGCCAUUACAACCAACGGCUGUACAGUUAAGUAGUAGGCCAACUAGUUUUAUGAAAUAUUCACGGGAUAAAGGGCGAACUUAGGUCUGAAGUGCAAAUUGUUGUAUUGCAGAACAAUCUUCACCUCUGCAAUAGUGACAAAAAACUUUCAGGUGAAGUUGAGUUCACCCUGAAACCUCCUUAGGUAUGUCUUCGAGUAGCAGCUAAAGAAGAUAGUAGUGCGAUUGUUGGUUACGUUUCAAUUAAACCGGGGAUUUUGCCAGUCCCGAAAUCUGACAGCAACAAAAACAGGCGAGUUUCUGUUGUGUAGACAGUGAUUUGCACAUUGUAAUUAAAUUCACCAUAAUGCAGAAAUAUAUCAAGUAAUUGUAAAAUCUUAAAAGCUUUUUAAAGAGAGCAUAGAGUAGGCACAUUUUUAUCGCCUUGUAAUUAAUUUAAAAAGACAAAAUUUUCUUUUGAAUUUCGCUGCAUUUACAACGUUCAGUUGGUAAGAUAUAGGGCUUGUUUUGUUUCUUAACCUUUUCGCUUCUUUACGCUUACCAAAAGUCAAAUUCAUGGCGGUGAAAAAAAAUGCUUUUAGCUUAGUGUCGGAGUUUGUACGAGUGCGAAGGCGCAUCAAAUGGUUGUGAGCAGAGAUUCCACUGCAUCAAAAGAAAGCACUGAGGUGAAGGACCACAGAACACAAAACGUCUCACUAUAUCGGAUACUGAGAGAGGAAGGGUUAGAUUAUAAGCAAGUAAUUUUAUAGUUUUUUUUUCUUUGAAAUUUUAAGUCUAGCUAUUAAGGCGACAAUGGAUUGUUUUUUUUAGUAUCCAUUAUUAACAUCGAACAACACCUCACGGGAGCUUUUGUAUAUUUAUUUAUUGCUCCUGGUGGGAAAUAAAGUUCAAAGGAAUUUUGCUUCUUAAAGUCAUCAUCUAAAGGAGAAGAAUGCUCUAGAAACAUACAAUAUUCUUCUUCUUUAGUGGGAAAAAUACACGGAAUUUUGACACUGACUGCUAUUUGAGAUUUAAAUGAGUAACUCUACCGUUUGAAAAUUGACUUGAAGUGUGCUACAAAACGGCCACGGACGCCGCUAUCCUAAGUAUUGCUUAGCUACGUGACCGCUUACCAAUACUGACUCAAAAGACGGAUUACUGCGAUACCCAUACCCAGAGCAGAAGCUGUUUGCGAAAGUGGGUUGUAUUUCCGCCAUUUAAUUAGUGUGCGGGCAAAUAACUGAGUUGUUUAUAGUAUAGCGGCCUUCGUCCUUGGUUAAAUUUUUAGCACAUUUGAUAAUUUAAGAUAAGAUAAUUUUCGCACGGUGUGGUUCCUCUUUACAAUCUGAAAAAGUGGUCAGACUUAGAUUUCAAACAAGGUUUCAGGAGCAAACGUCACCUUGACGAGGAUGCGACACUAAGCCGAACAAAUAGGCUUUAUUAAUUAUCCUAGUAAUACUGCAAUAUAUAUUUAUAAUUUUUAAAACGUUAAGCAGUGAAGGAGUUGAAUAGGGAAUCCAGACUAAAUCUUAGGCUUAAGAAAAAGUUGAAUAGGAGAGGUAAUUCUGUAAUCGCUAGCUUAUUAUCUGUAUAAAAUCAGUAUCUUUUUCGCUGUAAACCUUACUAAAGAUAUUUAGCCUUAUUAGACCCCAUUCACACGAAA